AUCCCAAAGUGUAGCAGACCCAAUCUGAAAGUUGCGGAUCGGGAUACAGAGCGGAUCAGGGGAGUCCGUGCGCAGCCCUAGAAAAUACCAAAAGAAACAAGUAAUGAACCUGCGGAGCCACCGAUGGAUGCCAUAUUGAAAUAGUUUGUCCCAUAAGGCAAGGCAACGAUUUCAUCAAUCGCAAAAACUAUUAUUCCAUGAUUCUGCAGGGGACUACGGACCACACUGGCCGCUUCACCCAUAUUGACGUGGGGUGGAGUGGAAGGAACCACAAUGCCCAUGUAUUCAGAAAUUCAUCCCUCUUUGAGGCAAUGGAUGCAGGACUUUUUUGCCCCUCAAAUGAGGUCUGGAGAAUUGGGGACGUCGUGCCGCCUUUCAUUGUUGCUGAUGGGGCUUAUCCGUUGCGAAAAUGGCUUAUGAAGCCCUAUGGUGGUAACCUUGAGCCACCGCAAGCUCACUUCAACUACUGCCUCAGCCAUGCCCGGAACGUGGUCGAACGUGCCUUUGGGAGGCUGAAGAGCAGAUGGCGGUGCCUCAGUUCUCGGUUGGAAGUGGCGGAGGAAAAUGUUCCCUCAGUUAUAACUGAAAGGGAAAGUACAUGCUUUCCCUUUCAGGCACAUCAACCGUCCCACCUCCUGCAGCUGAGCAGUCAGGGGAAUCCUCGGGGACAACAAAUGAGCCAGUGCUUCAGGCUGUCCUUCGGCUGGAGGCUUCUUUUCACACAAUGCGUCGCUUGGAAAGGAGAGUCUCCAUAUUAGAGGAGGAAAAUAGGCAGCUGAGACACACCAUCGGG